GUGGCCUCGCCCCUUCCCCUUGGUUCCCGCCUCUUUCUCUCCCCCCCCCCUCUCUCUCCCUCUCUGCCGCCGCUGCUGGGUGGAUGGAAGGGGGAGCGGGCAGGAGGGCAGCCGGGGUCCUCCUCCAGGGCUGCUCCCCGGGCCCUGCCUCUCGCUGCCGCCGGAGCCCCUCGGGCGGGGGAGCAUGAAGCACCAUGGUGUGGUGCGACCGUGGGGUCCAGAUGCUGCUGACCACGGCGGGCGCCUUCGCCGCCUUCAGCCUCAUGACCAUCGCCAUCGGCACCGACUACUGGCUCUACUCCAGCGCCAACAUCUGCAACGGCACCAACCUCACCAGCCAGGACGACGCCUCCCAGGCAGCCCAGCCCAGGAAAGUCAAGGGGGACCUCACCCACUCCGGACUCUGGAGGGUCUGCUGCAUCGAAGGGAUAUAUAAAGGACACUGUUUUCGGAUCAACCACUUCCCUGAAGACAAUGACUACGACCAUGAUAGCUCAGAAUACCUUCUUCGAAUCGUCCGUGCCUCCAGCGUAUUUCCUAUCCUAAGCACAAUAUUACUUUUACUGGGAGGGCUCUGCAUUGGAGCUGGGAGGAUUUACAGCAGCAAGAACAACAUCAUCCUCAGCGCUGGGAUCCUUUUUGUUGCAGCAGGGUUAAGUAACAUCAUUGGAAUAAUCGUCUACAUAUCCAGCAAUGCAGGUGAUCCUAGUGACAAGCGAGAUGAGGACAAAAAGAACCAAUACAAUUAUGGCUGGUCUUUUUAUUUUGGAGCAUUGUCUUUCAUUGUGGCAGAAACAGUUGGAGUUCUAGCUGUGAACAUUUAUAUUGAGAAAAACAAAGAACUGAGGUUUAAAACCAAGAGGGAAUUCCUUAAGACUUCUUCUUCUUCUCCAUAUGCCAGAAUGCCAAGCUAUAGGUAUAGGAGAAGGAGGUCCAGAUCAAGUUCUCGCUCUACAGAGCCUUCUCCAUCCAGGGAUGUUUCUCCAGUUGGCCUGAAAAUGGCAAGUUCCAUUCCCAUGAAUGAAUUCUCUAUGUACACGCUCUCCAGGGAACCCUUAAAAGUCACCACUGCUCCAAGUUACAACAUGGAACAAGAUGCUGGUUUCUUUCAAGUUCACAAUUUCCUUCAAAAGGAAUUCAAGGAAGGACUUCAUAUCAACAUGGUCAACAGGAGAACAACACCUGUUUGAAGGGACAUGCUGGCUCUUCUUUAACAAACAAACAAAAAAGCAACAUUCAAAUCUUUUAUAUAUGAAAAGUGUGGGUUUUUUUUAAAAAAAAAAUCAUCUUGCAUACCUCAAGAUAAAAAUCACAGGAAGAGGUUGCAGACAGAAAUGCUGAAAUACGAAAAAGACCUAAAAAUAUGGAACUAUACAUUUCUAGCUGGUUUUUAUAAGCUCUUUCAAAAAUUUGUAUAAAUGGAAAUUCUCAGUGUCUCACACAUGCAUAAAGAAAAAAAAAUUAAAAUCAGCAGCUCGUAUCCCAGCACUUUUGUAGUAUGUAUAGUGUAACUUGUGACAACGAAAACAUUUUAGCUAAGAUAGGUUUUUAAAUUUUUCAAUGUUGGCUCUUUUUUUCUAUAAUGCUGUCCCUUGGUGCAAACCCAUACUAUUCACAAACGCUCCUGUUUCCUUGGAGCUAAGAAAAGAAAGAAGCAAUCACCUCUUCUUAGAGAAAGGCAAACUAUUGGGGAAUGAUAGCAGAUCGUUUCAUUUUGAAUGAUUCGAGUUUUGCAGACUUUUGACAGGAAAAUGGAAUGGGAUGGGGAAACCAAUGAUUCAUUUGAAUCAGAUUCUGCUGUUGGGACUUAUGUAUAUUUGUGAAGGCGAGCAUAGUCUGCGUUCUUAAUGAAACUGUUUAUCACUAUAAGAAAUCCUUGUUUAGUGAGAGACUGAACAGUAUUUUACUCAGUUGUUCUGUUAAGGAAAGCAUUUUGCUCUCCUGCCCCUACUCUGUCCACAAGACUGUACAGUGUCCAUGAAUUUUUAAUAACUUUUUGGUGUAUACACCACUUGAGUAAAUGCCAUUUUUAGAUAAGCAAAUCUCUUUUUACAUAUCACCCACCCCAGAAAGUGAUGCAGAUGAAUCCCCUUCUUCAAAACCAGGAAAGAGAGAAUUUGACUUACAUUAAAAGAAAACUUGAAAAAGGGAAGAGAUAGGAAAAGAUAUUACAUAUCUCAAAACACAACUCCGUUGUUCAACAACAACAACAACAAAAAACCAUCAUAUACCUCAUUAUGGAUUUCAAGAGAAUGAAAUGAGAAUCCCAGAAAGUUAACCAUUCUGAUACUUCCUAAACCCAAACACAUCUUUCUUGGUGCCUUGAGCAGAGGUCUUUCCCAGCCCAGCUUCCAGAGAGUCUUUAAGGAGUGUUGUUCCCAAAUAUGGCCCUCCAGACAUUGUUGGAGUAUAACUCCCAUAAACUCUCAAUCCUGGCCAUGCUAGAUGAGGCUUCUGGGAACUGAAAUCCAACAACAUCUAGAAAAGCCUUGUUUGGGAAUGGAAACAUGCAGGGCAUGUGCUAUACAUGUGCUACAAAGCUGUAGGACCACUGCAAAACUGGCUGUAAUGAGCACAAUCAGAAAAUAUUGUAGGCUCAUAAUUGUACUAUAAAUACCACCUGAAAAUAAAGACCUAAUGCCAAAGGAAAUAGUGCUGAGGCACUGCCAUUUCCUGACAAUCAGGCUCCUUUGGAUUGGGUUUUCCAGACUAAAAGGAAGAAAACUAUAACCGUCUCAAACGAAAAGACACAUUCCCUGCUCAUUCUGUCAGGAAGUAUUGCCUCCCGAAUAGGGAAGGGUGAUCAUCCCUGCUGGAAAGAUGGUCAGAGCACUUUCCAUCAGCAGCAGCACCCAACUAACUGCUCUCAUUGUCAGCCAUUCCUCCCUGUGCAGACAUGUAGCUCUAGAAAUGUUGGAGGGUAAGAUUAAAUUAAGCAUGGCUACCACUUUAGACCCAGAGAUUUCUCAGCUCUUGUUCAGGAAACUGGCUCCAUUCCAAUCCAGUCAAUCUAGAUCUUGUGCAUUGCCUAAAGUUCUCCUAGGGUCCUCUUAAAUCCUCUUGCAUUGAGUUAAGUUUCUACUUCAUCAUACAAACCAGCUUGAAAAGAGGCAGUUUUAGAAACUUUCAUGGUGCUGUGCUUGGUUUUGUAGACUAAACUAUUUUGACAGCUCAGACAUGCUUUAAAAAAAAAGGAAAAGAAACAAACUGUGACUUAAGUUGAUAUCAGGGUGGUUGUGAUGCAUCUUAAGAAUAUUAAAAAAACAGAAGUGUUUGUGGGAGAAUUAACUACAGCUCCCCAACUUCCCUAGCAAGCUGGCCAGAGAUUCUGGGAGUUGUAGUCCAAAAGGAUAAAUGUUUUAUGCUGUGAAAAAAGCCCGUUGCUGGAUGAGGCCAAAGUUCAUUGGCUCUAGCAUUCUUGUCCUCAGUACUGACUGGCAAUGUCCCCUGUUGUUUUUCACAGAACAUCUUGUACCCAAAGGUGCACUGCCUCUGAACAUAGAGGCUCCAUCUUGUAAUCAUGGCUGAUAACCAUUGAUCCAGAGUCCUGCCCUGUCUUCUAAGAUAGGAUACACAGACCUAUCAUUCCCCAUAAGGUUGUCUGGUUCUUUUUAAAAGCUGUCUCAACUGGUGUCUAGUAUUACAACUUAUAGCUACUAUCUUUUUAUGUCCAUGUGCUAAUUAUCCUUUAUGUCAAGAAAUACUUCUUCUGCUAUGCCCUUAUCUAUUUUUCUGAUUAAAAUAAGGUCCUUUUUUUUUGCAAGAAAGGAGAAGUGUAUUUCAAGAUUUGCUAAAAAUGCUAAGAGGUGUGUGUGUGUGUGUGUGUGUGUGUGUGCACAUCUGUGUACACGUUUAUGCUUUCACAAAUGAAAGAAAAUUCUUUCUUUCUUUGGGAGGUUUCUCUAAUAGUUAAAGUAAAGCUAUGAUAAGGAGUAGGAGAGUACAUUAAAGAAUCAACUUGUGUCAUUAGUGUGUCAUAUUUAAGUGCUUACUACAGUAUUUUAUACCUCUUCAUGUCACUGUAUCUUCAAGUGCAAUUUUCUUGAGUUAUUCCCCUUUUGUGUUAAUUAUAGCUAACCGGUAGAAUUGAGUUCUCAUUUGUAGUUGCUGUAAUGAAAAUAUCCAUAGAUAUAGAUACUGUAUAUUGUUCCCUUUCCAAGCAAAACCUUGAUGUAGAGUUAUCUUUCUAUGAAUUUUCUGCAUUGAAAUGAAUGCCGAUCAUGUGAAAUUUGAAUUUGUCGGGUUUUUUUUAAAAAAGAAAUAUACAGAGCGUAUUCUUCCAGUGGCAGUGUUUCUGUUAAUGUUUUAUUAGAAUCUGCAAACCUACACACACUUGUUUGUACCAUUCCCUUUUGCACUGAUGUCUAGUGAAAACCUUGACCACUGUGGGGCAGACUUUGCAAUUUCUGUUUUAUAUAUGAGUAGUUAAGAUGCAAAUGUUUGUCUCUGUUGCUACUAAUUUCAAAAUAUUUUCCUCCCCAGCAUCACUCAAAACACCAAGCAAACACAGGAUGCAGUGUGCCAAAAAGUAAGAUUGUAUAACAUCCUUUCACAUAGGCGUGCUUGAAUUCAACAUGUUUAACUCAAUAAGCUCCAUUUAACUCAGUGAAAAUCACUUCCAGGUAAAUAUUGUAUAGGACUGGAGCUUUUCUCAUUGUUUUUCUAACAAAGUAUCUUUUUUUUUCAGCCAUGAAAAUGAACUGUCAAAACUGCUCAAAACUAGCGAUAAUAUACCAUUAUCCAGCACUGUCAUUUCCUUUGCAGGAGUGUCCAUUAAUGGAAACAGAAGUGAAGCAAUGUCCAUCCCUUCUGCACCCCUUCCAAUCUUCCAUGUACCUUAAAAAUCCAUAAAGGGACUGAGAAUUCCUCAGAGCAGAUUCUUGGUACCAGAAAGGGUUGCAGUUGGGAAGGAGCUAAAUAUUUUAAUGAUUGGCAUAUGAUACUUAGGCCCGUGAUCAAAUGUUCCACAAUAUUUAAAUCUCAAGACCUAGUGCUUAGUUCCAUAUUAAUUACUUCUGAACAUUGUGGCACUCUUCUCAAACCUGGUGACUUUCGGCUUCAUGGGACUUUCAGCAGUCAGCACGAUCGCUGGUCUGCUGGCUGGGGAGAUGGGCAUUGUAGUCUAAUACAUUUGGAGUGUACCUAGUCGGGACGGUAUGUACUAUGUCAUAGCCCAGGGCAAAGUGUGGUCUUCCAGAUGUUGGACUGCAACUCCCAUCAGCCCUAGCAGGCAAUGUCAAUGAUGAAAAUGCUAUUAUGGUCCACAGACAUCUGAGGGCGCUACACUUUGGCCACCUCUGCUGUCACCCAAUGUGAAAGGAAUUUCAAACAUCCCUUUAAAAAAAACAAACAAUGUAAAUACUAUUGUGUUGAAAAUGUCAUCUACCUUAACAAAAGUUUUAAUGAAAAGAGCAAGUGGCCCAGUUCACAUCAGAAAAUAUGUUCAUAGAUGUUAAUGGAGAGCAAAGUCAUUUUGAACA